UGUCCAGGAGUUCACGGGCACCAUCUUCAGCCGCUUCAGUAAUUUUCGGGUCUUUUUCCAGCGCUUCAGCAAUUUCCGCAACUUUCGGCGCAUAUGCAGUUGUCGCGAAACAGAAAAUUGCUCCCAACUGCCCAUGCGCCGUUACACCUGAAUCAUCCCGAAGAAAAGAAGAUGGCUGCAGUGAACUCUGUUGCCCUGAAUCUGCACCGAGGUGUAAUUCAAGAGUUAGGGGCAUUUAGCAAAGGUGACAAAUCCUGCCACAACCUAAGAAUGGCAGUAGUCAUCCGCCUACAGGGGCUUCCUGUUACUGCUGGUUCAAAUGAUAUUCGUCACUUCUUUUCUGGAUUGCAUAUUCCUGAUGGAGGAGUUCAUAUUACCGGUGGAAAGUAUGCAGAGGCCUUUAUUAUAUUUGCAACAGAUGAAGAUGCUCGAAGGGCAAUGCGUUGCUCAGGAGGCUUCAUAAAGAAAUCACAAAUUGAGCUUUUUCUCAGUAGUAAGGCUGAAAUGCAACAUACCCUUGAGAUGAAUAGAAAAGGAAACAAAGAUUUGGGGCCAUCACCUAAUAUUUCAAAACUGCUCAAUGUCAUAAACAAAGGCAUAUAUCAGAAAAACGUGGCCAGUAAAAGUAAUGUCGAAGCUGGUUCUGAUGGUAGUGGAGCAAAACACAAGGAAAAAAAUGUGCCAAGGCCAAAAUAUCAAGGGAAGAAAGAGACAAGGCCAAUAAAGGAUAAUAGUUAUGGAUAUGUAUUUCUGUGUGGGCUUCCAUACUCAACAAGUGAACUUGAUGUUAAAGAUUUUUUUCAUGGUUUCCAUGUGGUAGAUGUUCACUUUUCUGUCCGUUCAAAUGGAGCUAGAGAUGGAAAUGCUUAUGUUAAGUUUGCCAGUGUGCAGGAUGCGAAGGCAUCUCUUUCACGUGAUUAUGAAUACAUUGGUCAUAGACGCAUAGCUGUAAAAUUGAGCACUGAACACAAGUGGAUUGAAGCUGGUGGUCCAACUGAUGAGAUGCAGGAAUCUGCUCAUAAAACUAGAGAGCGGUCAUCCAGAUUUUCUUCAAAAAAUCAUUCAAGUUCCAGAUCUCCAAAGACACACAGAACAAGGUCACGCUCGCCCCAUAACCAGCAGUUCUACUUACACCUAUUAAAUAUGUCCUAUUCUGUGGAGAGAAGAGAUAUUAAAUUGUUUUUUGGUGAUCCCGAUAUUCCAGAUUCACAGAUUAAAUUCUUACUUGAUCGAAAUGGUGACAGGACAAGAGAAGGCUUUAUGUUGGUCAAAAAUGAAAAGUUUUAUCAGAAAUGUCUUGGCUUACACAAAGGCCUUUUAAAUGGCUGUGAAGUUUGGGUAUACCCCAUUGCCCGAAAGGAUAUGUUAGAGUUAAUUGAAUCCACAGAGAGGCAACAACUAGAAAGAAACACCAAAGAAGAUCCUUUUCAAAAAAGAAAAUCAAGAGACCGUUCAAACCUCAAAAGAUGUAUGCAUUUGAGAAACUUUCCUUUUAAUGUUAAUAAAAGUGAGGUUCAAAAAUUCUUUGCUGGAUUUCAAGUAGAUGAACGUGAUAUUUUUUUGCUAUAUGAUAGCAUAGGCGUUGGUCUUGGUGAAGCGCUUGUUAUCUUUCCUUCAGAACACCAGGCUAUCCUUGCUGAGGGCUUGAAUCAGCAGAUUUUCUUGGGAACAGAAGUUUUACUGAGACGCAUCUCAGAAGAACAAAUGAAAAAACUUGGAGCCUUCCCUGAGGAUCACAAUAAGAGAGAACCCAAACAAUCAACUAAUUAUAGAGAUGAAUAUCAAGAAACUGGUGAAAUGAGAUUUGGAGUAUAUGAUUAUGGACAUGGCUCAUAUGACCAGUCCCGACCUUAUAGGGCUGAUGACUUUGGACAUGGUUCUGGAAGCGUAAGGCAUUCCACAGAGAGGCUAAGAAGCCCAUAUGAUAUGAAUCAAGAUGAGCAUUAUGGAAGGUUUCCUAUGGGAAACCAGAAUGUUGGACCAGUAAAUCGGUCAAGGUCAGGUGGAGCGUCAAUACGCUUGAAAAAUGUUCCAUAUACUGCUACUAUUGAAAACAUUUUAGACUUCUUUUAUGGUUAUAACAUGGUUCCUGAUUCUGUAGAAAUGGAUUACAUCUCCAAAGGAACAGCUAUAGUGCAUAUGGAAAACUAUGAUGUGGCUGUGGCUGCUGUUAAUGAACUAAAUGAAAGGCCUAUCGGACCACGUAAAGUUCAUAUGAGCCUAAUAAGGAGCUAAUACAAACCUGCAAUGGGACAUGCUAUUGGUUAAUAAGAAGCUAUCCAAUGACACCAUGAUAUUACUGUCCCAAUUUUCCUGCAUUUUUGUAUUAUGUUUUUGUAUAGUUUACCGCCCGUUUUGUACUUCCUUGCAUGAACAGUCAUAUGGCCCAAAAAAGCAAUUUUAUGCUUAAUUCCUUAGUUUACCUCCAUUAAGUUUGCACAUCAGUUUCAUUUUGUAACUAUUCCUAAAUAUCAAUUUAUUACAAUAUUUGGAUUAAUGACUUUUAGUGCAGAGUCAUUAUGUGACUAUUUCAUAACAUCUUAUUGUGUACUGAUAAAAUUUGGAGAUUAAAAAAUUUGAUUUACACAGCCA